AUGAAUAUUUCUCCUCCGCCUGACUCCCCCUGUCGAGACGCCGGAGUUUACCGACGGCAGCCGGAAACAGCCGAAACUGAGAGGAGCCGAGCGGAACAACCCUCCCCGACCGGAGGACGGAACUGCAGUAGAACCGGAACGGAACCGGUCUCACCAAAAGGUCGCCAUGCAGACGACAUCUUUGGGAAACUCUUCCUGGAGGCCAGCAGCUUCUACCUGAGGAUGAGCUGGCUGCAGGAGAGGGUGGAGACGCUGGGGUUAAAGGUCAAGCAGCUGGACUCCACUGUGGAGGAAGGUGGGAAGGCCGGGAGACACACAAGUGAACACAUCAUCACCUCUGUUCAUCCAUGUCCAGAGUCCCUGCAGGACAUCAACCUGAGGAAAACCUUCAGGAGCAGUACCAGCCAAGACCAGCAGGUGGUGUCGCGCUGCUCCAUCCUCACACCGCUGCUACCAUGCCUGAGCCUGACCCCUACAGUGCUUGGAAAUAGAAUUUUUUCCACGACAAUUUGGUGCCGUGACCCGGAUCCCUCGACUGGACAUCCGAGGACGUUGACGAACAGCGUUAAGGCGCCAACCUGGACUAAACACCAGCCUCAAACCUGGAUUAGGAUUUAAGAGAGAAGAGGGCUGUUGGUCGGCUCCACGGAUCCAGCGCUGGGAUCAACGAACUCAAAACCACUGUUAUCAGGUGGGAUACUCACUCAGGAUAACAAAUUAAUUUUACAAAUUCUAAAUUAUAAAAUCUAAAAUAGUGAAGGAUCCGAUAAACCUUUCACCCUGGGGAAUAGAGAUUGGCGUGUUAAGAAAAAAACGUUGGGUUAAAGUCCCACGAGAGAAUAAAUAAAAGAAAAGAAAAGAAAAGAAAA